AUGGCUUUUCUAUUCAUCAAGCAGAAACUCUUCCCUGAGCGACGCACCAAAUCACAACCAAGCUAUAGAAAGCCACUGCUCGGCUCAGACGAAGACGACGACGACUCCGACACUAUCAUUAACAGCAACGGCAGCAUGGACCGCGACGUUGAAAGCCAGCGGCCCAGAGCAUACCACACAUUCCGCGACUCGUCGCCAUCAUCAUCCACCUACGAUGUCGAGAGCACAGGGAGCAGUAGCACCAGCACGCGGUCACGCAUUGAUCCCCGGAUCGUUUCAGAUGCUAUCCUCGGACUGUCGGAUGGUCUCACGGUUCCCUUCGCCCUGAGCGCUGGUCUCUCAGCGCUAGGAAACACAAAGGUCGUCGUGCUUGGUGGGCUGGCGGAGCUCGCCGCGGGCGCGAUCUCCAUGGGAUUGGGAGGAUACGUUGGCGCAAAGAGUGAAGCAGAAUCAUAUCAAACCACCGUCCGCGAAACGACAGAGCUCAUCGACUCCUCGCCCUCCGAAACAGAAGCCAUCGUCUACGACAUCUUCGCCUCGCACGGUGUUCCAAACGACGCUAUCGCACCCAUCAACGCUUCCCUGCACGCAUCGCGCGACCGCCUCCGCGAAUUCCUCAUUACCUUCCAUCACAAGGAGUCCGAGCCGGACUGCAACCAAGCAUGGACGAGCGCGAUCACGCUUGCCCUGGGAUACUUCAUUGGCGGCUUCAUUCCGCUUGUUCCGUACUUCUUUCUCAACCAAUGUUGCGGUAAUGGCGGUCACGUUGCUGGUCUUUGGGUACAUUAA